CAUAAAUAUAUAUCAUAACAAAAUCGUUGAAACAUUCUUCAAAUUGAUAACUUCGCAAUGUCGAUGAAGCAGUCUCUAUUUCUGCCGCUCAUCUGGAGCGUGACGUCACGUCUGACGCAGUCGUCAUCAGUGUCAGACCUCUUCAUGAGGGCCCCAUACACUGAUGUUACUGGCCCACGAACCAUGGAGCGCGAGGCCACGAUCUUAGGCUGCGCGGGUGCCUGCUUGAGCGCUCCUGUUUGUGUGGCCUUCACAUGGGAGCCCAAUCAGGACUUGAAAUGCGGCAUCAUGACAGCCAUUGCUGAAGAUCCUAAGUUCAGAGGAGUGGUCUACAUCUUCAAAGGCAACUCCAAAGGCCAGUUUGUGUCAUUGCAGAAUCCAGCGUAUUAUGAUUGGCACUGGACAAGACAGGUUUGUUCAUCACUGGGUCUGACUAUGGUACCAUCGCCUAAGACCAUCUCAGAGCUGACCGGCCUGAGCUUCUAUCGAGGUUUCGUCGACAUCCUCUACAACUUCACAGCAGGAGUCGUCACUGACAACGCCGGCACUGCGCUGGAUGUCGGCGUUGUCGCGGCUCUGCCAAAAACCUCAUCAUUGACUGCCACAGGGUAUCUUAGAAUUCUUUAUGGUGGACGCAAUUUUGGCGUGUUCUCAAGUGGCGCCUCGAUUGAUUAUGGGACAUGUUGGGCUCAAAACAUACCGACACGCAAAAUAACGUGAAACAUUAAACAAAUUGUUAGUCCCAUAGCAAACGGUUCUAAUAUUCAAGUUUAUUUCGAUAAAUGAAAACUUUAGGCUUCAACCACUUUCUUUUCUCAGCCAGGCGCCAUUUGUUGUGUUCAUUAAACAUUUCAUAUUCACAGCUGAAGCAAUUUAAUUAAGGUUACUCCCUGCAAGUUGUAAA